GUCAUUUGAUUGAGUUUCACAACGUGCUCAACGCUUGUAGAGUGAACAUCCUCUAUUUUUAUUUAUUUCGCGAAAACCGAGUUGUGCUAAAUAUAUUUUAUUUAUUGGUAGCUGAGAAAUACGCUCCAGAGUUUAUUGUGGGAAUUCCGGAGAGGUAUAUAUUUUUGAUGAGGAAUGGAAAACACUCAAAAUAAAAAUUAUCUGAAAAGAAAAAUUCAUCCACGAGAAGAAGCAAGUGCAUUAUCGAAGUUAUUCUUUAGUUGGUCCUUCCCAAUCUUCUACAAGGGAAUCAAAAAGCAGCUAAAAGAAGAUGAUCUUUACGAACCACUGAAAGAUCACGAAUCAACAGUACUUGGCAAUCGUCUAGAAGAAGCAUGGCACGAAGAAGAAGACGAAUACAGAAAUCCAUCUCUAUGGAGAGCUUUAUGGAAAGUAUUCGGUAAUGAACUACUCGGUUAUGGUAUUAUACUCUUCUUUUACGAAGUUCUCAUGAAACUAGCGCAACCUUUGGCCUUAGGGAAGCUCAUGAGCUACUACAUACCAAACCAAACCACCACCACAAGAGAAGAAGCCCACAUGUAUGCAGGUGUCAUCCUGGUAGUGGCCUUCGUGCAAGUUCUAGCAGGACACGGCUAUAUCUUCGGCUUGCAGCAUUUAGGGAUGAAAAUGAGGGUAGCUUGCUGUUCCAUGAUCUACAGGAAGGCUCUCAGACUCAGCAAGACGUCUCUGGUGCAAACCACCAUAGGACAAAUGGUGAAUCUUCUAUCCAAUGACGUGAAUAGGUUUGAUAACGCAGUUAUGUAUAUUCAUAACUUAUGGUCGUCGCCACUUGAAACGAUUAUAAUAACUUAUUUAUUAUAUGUGCUACUUGGACCUUCUGCAAUCAUUGGAAUUGCUUUCUUACUAAUCUUCAUUCCUCUUCAGAUGUACAUGGGAAAAAUUUCCUCAAUAUGUAGACUUAAAACUGCUUCCAGAACCGAUGAGAGAGUGCGUCUCAUGAGCGAAAUCAUCAAUGGCAUCCAAGUUAUCAAGAUGUAUGCUUGGGAGAAAUCCUUUGUCAAGCUUGUCGAGAUGGCUAGAAGUUCCGAAAUCCACCACAUCAGAAACGCCUCCUACCUCAAGGCCCUCCAAAUGUCCUUCAACAUGUUCAUCAACAGGACCGCCAUAUUCCUCUGCGUAUUGGGCCACGUCCUGUCAGGCUACUCCCCAACAGCAGAAUACGUUUUCGUCAUAACCUCCUUUUACGGCAUACUGAAACAAGCAGUCACCACCUGGUUCCCACUAGGAGUUACGGCCAUAGCAGAAGCCAACGUCUCCAUCGAGAGAAUCCAAACCUUCUUGAAAUACGACGAGAUGUACCUCACCGACGAUUACAGGAUGAGGAAGAAGAAAUCGAAGAGUAGGAAGAAGAAGAGCGACGGCAAGCCUAAGAAGAAGUGGAUAUCCGCCGAUGAGGAGCCUAUGAAAGACAACGGUGUCUACUUGGAGAAGGCUUGUGCCAAAUGGACCUACAGCGCUGCUGAGAACACUUUGAACGACAUCGAUCUGAGCAUAACAUCCAACCAGCUGGUGGCGGUGGUUGGACCAGUUGGUAGCGGAAAAACCAGCCUCGUUCAUAUGAUCCUCAAGGAACUUCCUAUCAUUUCCGGAAAGCUGGAUAUAGUCGGCAGUAUAUCUUACGCUUCGCAAGAACCAUGGUUGUUUUCGGGAAGCAUCCAACAGAAUAUUCUGUUCGGAGAUGUUUACGAGCCUAUCAAGUAUCAAGAAGUCAUCAAAGUUUGCGCUUUGGAAAGGGACUUUAGCCUUUUCCCGUACGGCGAUAAGAGCAUAGUAGGAGAUCGUGGAGUCACCCUCAGUGGAGGCCAAAGAGCCAGGAUCAACCUAGCAAGAGCCAUCUACAAAGACGCGGACAUCUACAUUUUCGACGACCCUCUUUCAGCAGUAGACACCCACGUAGGCAAGCAGCUGUUCGAGAACUGCAUCUGCGGCUACCUCAAGUACAAAGCCAGAAUACUGGUAACCCACCAAAUCCAAUACCUGGCCAACGUAGACAAGAUCUUCCUCAUGGAAAACGGCAGGGUAGAAGCUGAAGGCACCUUCCAAGACAUCCUCAACAGCGGAAAAGAAUUCGCCGAGCUUUUCAAAGCUGAGAUACCUAUCGAAGACGACGAUGAGGAAGAGGAGAAGUUCAUCAAGAAGAGGAAGAAGAAGUUCAGCGUCAUGGAGGACCAGGACGAUAUCCAGGACGAACCUAUGGUUGAGAGUGAGGGUAUUAAGAAAGGAUCGAUUUCUGGAAGGGUUUACAAGACGUAUCUGAAGGCUGGAAGCAGUUACUUGAUGGAAUCGAUUCUGAUUGUGUUCUUCGUGCUGUCCCAGUUGAGUGCCAGUGGUGCUGAUUACUUUAUCACUUAUUGGGUGAAUCUUGAGCAAACGAAGAAAGAACAAGAAACCAUGAACAUAUUUCUAGACGAAGCUCUCUAUAACUCCACCCUUACAACAUCCAGAGGAAUAUUCAACAUCGAAUUCACAAGACAGAACUGCGUGAUAAUAUAUUCGACACUGAUAGUGUCUAUAAUAUUGGUGACGAUAACAAGAUCUCUCACCUUCUUCAAAAUCUGCAUGAAAGCGUCCAAAACUCUCCACAAUAACAUGUUUUCCAAAAUUGUCAACGCUACUAUGCACUUCUUCAAUGCCAAUUCAGCCGGAAGGGUUCUGAAUAGGUUUUCGAAGGAUAUGGGAGCUAUUGAUGAGUUGUUACCAGCAGCCAUAAUCGAUACUAUCCAGGUGGGGAUAGGAGUAAUGGCGACUACUGUGGUGAUAGCUACUGUGAACCCUUGGAUCUUAAUACCUACGUUCGUCAUUUUGGGUUGGUUCUAUUUGUUCCGGUACAUUUAUUUAUGCAGCAGCAGAAACAUCAAGAGGAUGGAGGGGACAACAAGAAGCCCUGUUUUCGCCCAUUUGUCUGCCACUCUUCAAGGCUUGACAACGAUCAGAGCUUUCGGAGCUCAAACUAUUCUUACAACCGAAUUCGACAAUCACCAGAACUUGCACAGUUCCGCAUAUUACAUGUUUCUGGGAUGCAGCAGAAGCUUUGGUUUCUGGCUAGAUCUCAAAUGUGUUAUUUACGUCGGCUUUGUAACUGUCAGCGUUCUGUUCGUUGGCUCAGAAACAUACGGUGGCAACGUGGGUCUGGCAAUAACACAAGCCAUAGGACUAACCGGAAUGUUCCAGUGGGGUAUGAGACAGUGGUCCGAGUUGGAAAACCAGAUGACCUCGGUGGAAAGAGUUGUGGAAUACACGGAAGUGGAAAAAGAGCCUACUUCUGACAAGUCCGAUCCUCCGGAAGUAUGGCCACAAAAUGGGGAAAUAGAGUUCCAGAAGGUCUUCCUGAAAUAUUCGCCCAGCGCACCUUACGUCUUGAAAAACCUGAACUUGAAGGUGAAACCGAUGGAGAAGGUCGGCAUAGUUGGUAGGACUGGCGCUGGCAAGUCUUCCCUCAUCUCGGCGCUGUUUUUGCUGAGCGACAUCGAAGGCCAAAUCUUGAUAGACGGGAUAGACACGAAGAAGAUAACCUUGGAAAGCAUGCGUUCCAAAAUAUCGAUCAUACCGCAAGAACCUGUACUAUUUUCUGGAACAUUGAGGAAGAACCUGGAUCCUUUCGAAGAUUACGACGAUGAGAAACUUUGGGACGCCCUGGACAACGUGGAACUGAAGAAGGUGAUCGCGGAGUAUCCGUCUGGAUUGAACACUUUAAUAUCGGAGGGCGGGUCCAACUUCAGCGUUGGUCAGAGGCAACUGGUUUGUCUGGCAAGAGCGAUAGUGAGGAAUAACAAGAUUUUGGUACUGGAUGAGGCGACUGCCAACGUUGAUCCUAAAACUGACGCUCUUAUCCAGACAGCUAUUAGGAAGAACUUUGCGAAGUGCACUGUUUUGACUAUUGCGCAUCGUCUACAUACCAUCAUGGAUUCCGACAAGGUGAUAGUGAUGAAUGCUGGGAGUGUAGCUGAAUUCGGCCAUCCGUACGAGUUGCUGCAGAAUUCUAGAGGGAUUUUCCACAGUUUGGUGAAAGAAACUGGAAAAGUUAUGUCGGACAACUUGCAUGGCAUCGCACAAGAUAAUUAUGAAGGUCGAGUUUGAAAGAGAAAAAUCAGCGGAAUUAUCACUGCCGAUUAGUAUUUUGAGGAUUCUUCCAGAUAACUUUCAUUGGAUGAUGAUGAAAGAAUUUCAUGUAACUCUCUUUGAGUCAUUAGAAAUAGAUGAAAUUCAUCUAUGAACUAAGUUUAGGCGAUGUCCUUACAAUAAAUAGCUUUAAAUUUGAUACUUGAUAGUUUUAAGUGAUUAUGGUGUUUCUCGAGAACACAUGCAUUUCGAUAAGACUGUAAGUAAAUAUAAUUAUAAAUACUUCAUAACUCACAUAUAUGUAUUAUACCUAUUCUCAUUAAAUUAUUCUUCAAU